AUGUCUGGUGCAGGAAACCGAGAGGCGGUCUUCCCGACCCGUCAGUCGCUUGGUAUCAUGAAGGCCAAGCUUAAGGGCGCUGAGACCGGUCAUUCGUUAUUGAAGCGCAAGUCCGAGGCUCUGACAAAACGUUUCCGAGAUAUUACCCGCCGCAUCGAUGAAGCCAAACGCAAAAUGGGUCGUGUGAUGCAAAUUGCAGCCUUCUCCCUCGCCGAAGUCACCUAUGCUACCGGUGGACAAAUUGGUUAUCAAGUCCAGGAAUCGGUCAAAGCCGCCCGUUUUCGAAUACGCUCGAAACAGGAAAACGUCUCUGGUGUCCAGUUGCCGGCUUUUGAGAGCUACAUCACGGAAGAGAAUAACGACUUUGGAUUGACGGGGUUGGGGAGGGGUGGGCAGCAGGUGCAGAAGUGUCGAGAUGUUUAUGGGAAGGCCGUGGAGACUUUGGUGGAGUUGGCGAGUUUACAGGUUGGCAUUCUGGUGACGGCAUUCGUGAUAUUGGAUGAUGUGAUCAAGAUUGUCAACCGCCGUGUCGCUGCCAUUGAGCACGUCAUCAUUCCCAGAACGGAGAACACUAUCAAAUAUAUUAACUCCGAGCUCGAUGAACUUGACCGAGAAGAAUUCUAUCGUCUCAAGAAAGUCAAAAACAACAAGAAGAAGGCUCUGGAUGAAGCUGAGGCCGAGCGUGCGAAGCUAAAAGAACAAGAAAGCGAACAAGAAGGCGAAAAACUAACAAUAUCAGGAAGCGAUGAACCUGCAGAUAUACUAGCGGAUGAAGAAGAAAAGGAUGUGAUCUUCUAG